CCCGGCGCCCACUUUCAAAAUGGCAGCCGGAAGGAAGUGUGCAAUUAGGACUAGCGCGAGGUUAUAAUUAAGGACUUUGGCGCGACUUCCGGCCUGGCGGCAAGAUGGCUGCGCCCAGUGGUGGAUUUCAACCUCGUGAGCGGAGCUUUGGUGAGCAGGAUCAGGACUGGGAUGCCGCUGCGCCCAAGAGACCCCGAUUCGGGGCUGGAAACAAGAGCGGAGGCCGUAGGCUCAUCGUGGUGCUGGAAGGAGCCAGUCUGGAGACAGUGAAGGUAGGGAAGACAUAUGAAUUGCUCAACUGUGACAAGCACAAGUCUGUGUUGCUGAAGAACGGGCGGGACCCUGGGGAAGUGAGACCAGACAUAGCCCAUCAGAGCCUGCUGAUGCUGAUGGACAGCCCACUGAACCGCGCUGGCCUGCUGCAGGUGUACAUCCACACACAGAAGAACGUGCUGAUUGAAGUGAACCCCCAGACCCGCAUCCCCAGGACCUUCGACCGCUUCUGUGGCCUCAUGGUUCAGCUUUUACACAAACUGAGUGUUCGAGCAGCUGAUGGCCCACAAAAGCUUCUGAAGGUAAUCAAGAAUCCAGUGUCUGACCAUUUCCCAGUUGGCUGUAUGAAGAUUGGCACUUCUUUUUCUGUCCCAGUCGCCAGUGAUGUGCGAGAGUUGGUGCCUAGUAGCGAGCCCAUUGUGUUCGUGGUAGGGGCCUUUGCCCAUGGCAAGGUUGGCGUGGAGUAUGUGGAGAAGACGGUGUCCAUCAGCAACUACCCGCUGUCUGCUGCCCUCACCUGCGCCAAGCUCACCACAGCCUUUGAGGAAGUGUGGGGGGUGCUCUGAACCGACUGCUGGGAGCCAGGGGCCCACGCUGUACAUUUGCUCUUUGUCCUAUAAAUGUGUUUUUUUUCUU